GCGCGCCGCCGGGGUUUCCCAGCCUGUGUGCGGCCGCCAUGGUCUCGGAGCUGUUUCCGUGUGGUGUGGAGCCUUUAGGGGCGAGGACUGCGCGGCUGGGGAGGCCUGCUUGCUUGGCCUGGUGAGCUGUAGGGCCCCUGCCUUGACGGAGGCGUGGCCGGCGACCCCCGCUCCCCCCAAGAACUGGGCAGCUCGUUCCUUCAGUGAGGCCAGGGCCGCCCACGCCGCAUCCCAGACUGUCCUGGCCUUGGGGUCGGAUGUUGCUGUUUGAGUCCUUCAGCUGCUUGGGGCCCCUGUUGGCGGCCCCUGCAUCUCCUAGUUACAGCGCUGCCUGUUCGUCAUUCAUUGCUGCAGAGGACGCCAGCGCCCGCCGCAUUACAGAAGAGGAUGCGACCUUCAGAGUGAGCGGCAGACAGCAGGAUGAGUCCCGACGCGCCUCUGCUGAACGACUACAAGCAGGACUUCUUUCUGAGGCGCUUCCCGCAGACUGUCCUUGGAGGCGCGCGGCUCAACUUAGGCUACUGCGCACCUCCGUACAUAUACGUUAAUCAGAUUAUCCUUUUCCUGAUGCCAUGGGUCUUGGGUGGAAUAGGAACACUUGCGUACCAGCUGGGCAUCCUGAAGGACUACUCUACGGCAGCACUCUCAGGCGGACUGAUGCUGCUCACCGCGGCCAUCAUCCAGCUCACGAGUGUAUACGCCAGGAACAAAGCCGUGACAGUGGAGAGCCUGCGAGCCACAGGGGUCGUAGCAGAGGAAGAUGAGUUUGAAUUCACAAGCUGUGCUGGUGCCGAGACUGUCCGAUUUCUAAUUCCAGGCAAAAAAUACGUAGCCAACGCAGUGUUUCAUUCUGUGCUUGCUGGGCUGGUGUGUGGUCUUGGGACGUGGUAUCUGCUCCCAGCUAGAAUAACCUUGCUGUAUGGCAGUACAGCAGGCACUGUUCUAUUGUUUGUCUUUGGAUGGCUGACAUUAUGUAUAGGAGAAUAUUCAUUAAUUGUAAACACGGCCACCGAGACUGCGACUUUCCAAACUCAGGAUACUUACGAAAUCACCCCACUGACGAGACCUCUUUACAUUUUUUUCUUUGUUUCCGUGGAUCUUGCACACAGGUUUAUGAAAAAUAUUUCAGCUCUUGGACAAAUAAAUCAGAUCCUACACAUCUUGUUUGUGUUUUUACCCUUCCUGUGGGCACUUGGGACUCUGCCUCCACCAGAUGCAUUUCUCCUCUGGGCGAUGGAACAAGUGUUGGAAUUCGGCCUUGGAGGUUCCUCCAUGUCAUCUCGCCUGCGGUUGAUAGCAAUGUUCAUCAUCUCUGUUGGAACAGCCGUAACAUCCUAUUUUAUUCCCAGCUCUCUUGGUGUGGUGCUUUUCAUGACUGGACUUGGAUUCUUACUGAGUCUUAACCUAAGUGGCAUCAGUUUGUUCUUCAUACACAGUGUGAACAGACGCAGAGUUGAAACCAAAUCUCAGGCUUUAGCCAGCCGUUCUGAGAAACAGUUUACGUGGCAAGAGUGCCUUUUCUACUUUGUUAUGUUGGCCCUGGCCCUGUCAGAAACCAGUCUGCUGCAUCACUUUGCUGGUUUCUCACAGAUUUCUAAAAGCAACUCCCAGACUGUGGUUGGCUAUAUCUUGAUGAUCUUACUUAUAAUACUGUGGGUACUUAGAGAAAUUCAAGGUGUCUACAUCUUCGGAAUUUUCCGAAACCCUUUCUAUCCAAAGGAUGUGCAAGCCGUGACUGCAUUCUUAGAGAAGCAAACGAGGCUCACGAGAAUCGGUGUUGUCAGACGGAUUUUGCUAACCCUAGUGUCACCUUUUGCUAUGAUGGCAUUUCUCUCACUGGAUAGUUCAUUACAACGGCUCCACUCCAUGUCUGUCUCCAUUGGAUUCACAAGAGCUUUUAGGAUGGUGUGGCAGAAUCCCGAGAGUGCUUUGCUUGAGACAGCCAUUGUAUCCGGUGUGCACCUGCUGAGCUCCAGUGCAGAGUUAUGGUGGAACACAAACCUCAAUACUGGAAUCAGACUUUUAUUGGUUGGUAUCAUGCGUGAUCGCCUGAUCCAGUUCAUCUCCAAAUUGCAGUUUGCUAUGACUGUGCUUGUGACAUCAUGGACAGAAAAAAAGCAGCGUCGGAAAACAACUACUGCUCUAUGUAUACUCAACGUUGUCUUCUCGCCAUUUGUGUUGGUUUUCAUAGUUUUUUCUACACUUCUCUCUUCUCCCUUACUCCCCCUCUUCACACUUCCUGUGUUCCUGGUGGGGUUUCCCCGGCCUCUUCAGAGCUGGCCGGGAGCAGUAGGCAACACAGCCUGCGUGUGUGCGGAUACAGUUUACUACCACCAGAUGGUCCCCAGACUGACCGCUGCGCUGCAGACAGCAAUGGCCGCAGGAAGUUUAGGUAUCCUCAUACCUGGAUCUCAUUACUUGGGCCGUUUUCAGGAUCGCUUAAUAUGGAUAAUGAUUCUAGAAUGUGGCUAUACUUACUGCUGCAUUAACAUUAAGGGGUUAGAAUUGCAAGAAACAUCCUGCCAUUCUGCCGAAGCCCAGAGGGUUGAUGAAGUAUUUGAAGAUGCUUUUGAGAAAGGCUGCAGAAAAGUAUGCUCCCUUAAUGCACACUUUGCAAACAUCCUGACGCCGUGCACGGUUUUGCCUGUGAAACUGUAUUCUGAUGCCAGGAACAUCCUGUCUGGCAUAAUCGAUUCUCAUGAAAACUUGAAAGACUUCCAAGGUGACCUUGUUAAAGUGCUUGUGUGGAUACUUGUUCGGUACUGCUCCAAAAGACCCAGCGUGCAGGGCAGUGUUCACAAACCUGAAAACCAGGGGACAGCACCUCUGAGACUCUUGCCGGCCUGGAACGCUUCCCCACGUCCCGGAUGCCCGGAAGACACAGAGAGUUCACACUCAGCAACUUCUGACUGGUCUGAUGAUAUUUUUGAUGAUGAGCCAACUGUUGAAAAAGGAAAAAUGGAAAAGGAUCAGUUGAACGAUUGGCCAGGUGGAAAUUUGCCCAUUCCAGGAUCCGUAGAAUCACAGAGGGUUAGUGAUCAUUCCGCUGGCACAAUUCCUGAAGACAGUCUUUUCAGAGCAGUUACCUUUGCCUAUCCUGCCACUGACAAAGGAAAACAAGAAGAGGUGGCGUGUACCCCCCUGGCGGAGUUCAGUUGCGCACAUUCUCACCUGCUGAGCUUGCCUGAGGAGUGGCGGUCUCACUAUGUGCCCAAUUCCAGAAUGAAGGAGAUACGCUCCUUGUUUCCGGAAGACUGGUACCAGUUUGUUGUAAGGCAGUUAGGAUGUUUCCGUUCAGAAGAGAAGGCCUCAGAUAUACUGGAAGAAAUCUCAAAGGACAGAGUUUUAAAAGACUUUUAUGUUCAGACAGUAAUGACUUGUUACUGUAGUUUAUUUGAAAUUGACAGUGUGGCUCCCAGUCCCGCACACUUACUGAGAGUUUACAGUGGUGUUCUGCCCUGGUCUGUUGCCUUGAACUGGCUCACAGAAAAACCAGAGCUGUACCAGUUAGUACUGAAGGCAUUCAGAUACACUUUGAAACUAAUGAUCGAUAAAGCAAGUUUAGGUCCAAUACAAGACUUUAAAGAGUUGAUUAACUACCUUGAAGAAUAUGAAAGUGACUGGUACAUUGGUUUGGUAUCUGAAGAAAAGUGGAAAGAAGCAAUUCUACAAGAAAAGCCAUACUUGUUUUCUAUGGGAUAUGACCCUCAUAUGGGAGUGUACACCGGGAGAGUUCUCACCCUGCAGGAACUCCUGAUCCAGGUUGGGAAGUUGAAUGCCGAAGCCGUUAGAGGCCAGUGGGCCAAUCUGUCCUGGGAGCUGCUUUACGCCACCAAUGACGACGAGGAACGGUACAGCAUACAAGCUCACCCACUGCUUUUAAGAAACCUCACAGUGCAAGCAGCUGAUCCCCCCCUGGGAUAUCCGAUUUAUUCGUCAAAACCUCUGCAUAUUCGGCUGUAUUAGAGCCCACAUGGUUUGUGACGUCCCCUCAUGAGGGGUUUUUAUUUUUCCCACCCUAGAAGAUAACAGUGUGAUUCUUGCACUUGCACUGUACUGUUCCCUGCCCCAGGUCAGAUGCCUGAGAAAAGCUAAGCUCCGUGAAGUUAAUUCUCUCUGUAAUCUCAAUCGUUUAAAAAAAACAAAUCUGACAUAAAAGUUAGAAAUAGUUGGCCAAUAUUUGUGCCCUAUGGAUUGUGGUAAGCUUUGGGUAGAUACAAUGAAACACUUAUGUAAGAUCAGGUCAUCAUUAAGGCUUUACUAAAUGAUAGGGGAUCUGCCUUACAAAAGUCAACAGCUAUGUCAUUUGUACAUACUAAAAAGAUAUACAUAUCAGUGUUUUAAAAUAAUAAUGGAUGUUAUUGAAUGUAAAAUAGAUUCAUAUGUUUAUUUGAAUAUUGUAUUUUUAAAUGUGCUGUUUUUAACAUGGUCUCAAUGUUUUCAUAUAAUGUAUUCAUUUUCUUUUCAUAUACUUCAGUGCAAAAUCUUUACCAAUAUUUAAUAAAAUAUUUUCCAGUAAAAUCCUUUCCCUCCCUUCUGAAUUGCCUCUGUGUACGCAUGUGAAAGGAAGAGUUCACCCGAUUCGUCAGGUGAAUACUCACAGGAAGAGCAAUGUUAGGGUCAUCUGAGUGACUACCAGAAGCCAUUCUGAAGAUCCUAUUCUGAAGGCACUUCUGGAGGAGGACCUGCCAAACAGGGCUACCUGCCACUAAUAUCUUAAGGUUUAAGAACUGAAGGCAGAGGAGAAGAGACUUUCCAUAAUGUGAUUACAACUGGAUCUUCAUUCUGUUGCUGCUUAGGCACAUUUAACAAGUAUUUGUAAAGGGGAAGCAGCAUGAAUGUGUGUCAGUUGAGGCAUGAAUUUCUUCUAUACCUUACUUAAUUUCGAACUGAACCUAUAGGAACCUGCUAGAUUGUUAAUGUAAUAAUACACUCUGUAGAAAGGAUUGAGAUUAUUUUAAAUGUGCCAGUUGGGUUUUUAAGUUAUUAUUAGCCCAUUUAUUUAGUAUAUGGACUGGUUCACUCUAGCAAUGUCUUUUGGGCAAAUUUUCAUUUUCAGACUCAUGAACUUUGUG